AGUCAGUCCGCAAUUUAAAGGGCAGAGUUGUAAAAACUCCCAGGCAGUAGGGAGUUAGCAAUAUCGCAGAGAUAACAGAUAAAUUCAAAAACUCCAAUUGACCUCCACAUAACUCGACUGGAAUAAUCAUCUAGAUUUAUAGUUACAGCAGUAGAUUUUGUACAAGAAGGAAGUAACCAUCUCAUUAUUUUGUUACGUUAGCAAGCCAUUCAAUCGGUCUUCAGACAGUGCAAGGACCUGAUGUAAAUUUGUUUAACUCUAAAUGUUUAGGAACCCUACCCUGUGAAAGGAAGGAUAUUGGUUUCAGCAACCAGCACUUAAUCAGUGUCCCUGUUUGGCCCAAACUGAUUACCACUGCCUUGGAGGUUUUUGCAACACUCAGGAAUACCAACUCGAUAACGAAAAAACAACCUGCCGCAACCGUGAAGCAGCUAUGCAGCUUGAAAUCCAAGUAGCCCUCAACUUUAUUAUUUCCUAUUUGUACAACAAACUCCCCAGAAGGCGUGUGAACAUCUUCGGUGAGGAGCUCGAGAGGCAGCUGAAGAAGAAGUAUGAAGGUCACUGGUACACUGAUAAGCCAUAUAAGGGCUCUGGGUACAGGUGCAUCCAUGUAGGGGAGAAGGUGGACCCUGUGGUGGAGCAGGCAGCCAAGGAGAGUGGCCUGGACAUUGACGAUGUCCGGACUAACCUCCCUCAGGACCUUAGUGUGUGGAUUGACCCCUUCGAGGUGUCCUACCAGAUUGGGGAGAAGGGGCCGGUCAAGGUGCUGUACGUGGACGAUAACAAUGAGAACGGGUCUGAGCUGGACAAGGAGAUCAAGAACAGCUUCAACCCAGAGGCCCAGGUCUUCAUGCCCAUCAGUGACCCUAUUGGGGCCUGUUCUGAGUCCAGCUCUCCCUCACCACCCUUUGGGCAAUCUGCGGCUGUCAGCCCCUCCUUCAUGCCACGCUCCACCCAGCCUAUAACCUUUACCACCGCCACCUUUGCAGCCACCAAGUUCGGCUCCACCAAGAUGAAGAGCUCCGGCCGCAACAACGGUAAUGGCGGCAACGGAGGAAACUGCAACAAGGUGGCCCGCACCUCCCCCACCAACAACCUCGGGCUGAAUGUGAACACCCUGCUGAAGCAAAAAGCCAUGUCCACCUCCAUGCUCUCUCUGUACGGCCUGGGCCAGCAGCAGAAGGCCUCGGCACUCUCUCCUAAUGCUAAGGAGUUUGUGUUUCCAAGCCUCCAGGGUCAGGGGAGCCCCAGUGGAGUGUUCCCCAGCGAGGGGGCACUCAGCCCGCUGCAGUACAACAAUGCCUUUGAUGUGUUCGCGGCCUACGGCGGUCUCAAUGACAAGUCCCUCAUGGAUGGGCUGAACUUCAGUCUCGGCAACAUGCAGUAUUCGAACCAGCAAUUCCAGCCGGUGAUGGCUAACUAAAGAUGAAACGACGACGUGAUGUUAUUUAUGAAUGACAACGGUGGCUCGAAGAGAAGGAAAAACACACAUGAAGAAGAACUGGACUUUCAAGGAAAUCAUGACGAGGGUCCUCUGAGGAGCUCUGUCUAGUCAGUGAAGCAGCAUGUGCCCAAGGGUGUCUUUUUUUUUUUUUUCUCUACCCCCCCUUGAGUUUUUUUGCUUAAAGCUUGUUGUACAAAUGCGUCCAAGCUUGGUUACUUAAAUUCAACAUGCAUUGUGUUUCUCUUUUCCUUUUUGCCAACCAAGCACAAUUUUUUUUACUAUGUUGGGAAAAACAAAAAAUGCUCCGUAACAUGAGAAAAAAACAUUAAAAAUACAAUCUUCAAGUUCAGGCCUCUUACAGUAUUUUACAGGUGGUAAGACAUGGCUGAUUUUUUUUAUGAAUUGGCACUACUACAUGGGGUUACUUGGUCUUUUUCUAACUGUAUAAUUUAAUUUAGUACAGAGUUUGUAAGAUAUCAGAGUAUAUUGUUUCUAUGACAUGGUAUUUCUAUCUUUUUACUACUCCAGUGAUCUGUGAUGGCUGCAGCAGCUUUUCGUUAUGUUUGGUUUGUUUUUUUAAAGAUAAAGAAAUCCAUCUUUAAAAUGCAUCAAAUAUUCUAAGGAUUGUGUACAUAGUAUUCCUUAGUGGUGGAAUUCAAAGUGUACGCGUUGUAUUUUCUGUUAAGAGUUGACCGAAUUUUGCUAUAUUAUGGACAAAUGUAAUCGUAUAAAUUAAUUUUGUACCAACAUUGUGCAAUACUUGAUAAAAAUACAGUAUAAAAAGUAUUUUGAGUCAGUGUCUUACAUGUCAAGAGGGACUGAGAGUUUAUAUUAAGUUUGUAUUAAAAAUGCUUAAAUUAAAUGCUUGUCUUUUAUUUUUUUUUAAUUUCAUAUUUGCACCCUGGUCUUUUUAAUAAAAUAAACUAGUCAAUGUGA